AUGUUCUUACUUCUUGCAGUCAGCUUGGCGCUUGGAUCUACCAGAGAGGUAGAGGAGGACUGCUUGGAGUCUCAGCAAACGACGUUGCUACAGCAUGGGCUUCACCUCGGAACCUUUGAUCAUGACAGCAGCAUGACUUUACACAGGUUCAGGUCUCUGACACGGGGCUCGCCAGUGCUACCGUCACCGGAUGUGAAUGGCCGAAUGUGCCUUCUUUGCGACAUGCCCCCUGCAGAACGCGCGCCAGACAAGUCUUAUGUGCAGCGUAGCGACUGCGGCAACCACAGUGUCUUUGAGCACCCGGAGAUGGCGCUGGUCCCUUUGAGCAGAUUCACGAAAGAUGCCACUGCAGAGCGUAACGAAACAUCUGGUUGGUGUGAGCUCAACACGGAAAAGGCUUGCGCUGAUGCUCUCUACAAUCAGGACUACAUGAUGUUUGCCAAGGCAAUCCAGAUUCCAAAGCUGCCCCUCGUCAAUUACAGCGCUGCCUCAUGGGACCAGUUUUACUGCUACUACAACGGCUGGCUGUCUCCUGAGAUUAAGGCAAUGCAGCACGACUUUGAGGGCAUGAAGGCAAAAGGCAAGGAGUAUUGCGACUCCGACGCUCUCGUCAGGCUGGGGUCGAAGGGCAACAUGACAUUGCAUGCAAUGCUGGCACGUUGGCUGCCAGCAGCACCGUUCUUUCCCGGCAGCCGGCCGUCCGUUCAGGAUGCGCACUUCAUUGCUGCGUGGACUUGUGCCAUGGGCAGUGCGGCGUGCGACAUGGCCUACUGUGCCUACACAUACUGCGUGAAAGAAGACGGCUUUGGCACGUAUGCAGAGUGUGCUGGCUGGGACCCUGUCAAAGGCAUGCCGGUCGAUUCUGUAGACUCCUAG